AUGUCCUCAUACUACGAAACCGCUAUACUGUUACUGAGGCUGGAACUAGUGUUGUCCGCUUAUGUGGAACAUCGUGCGCAAACGCUAUGCUUGUCGAAGCGGCUUAUAGAGGAAAUCGAUAGCACCCCAGAGCUUCCACCGCGCUGUCCAACGGGAAGACUGAAAGUGCACGUCCGAGUGCCUAAUCAAACGGUACAGGAAACUAUCAGUAGCAGCACUGGCGUGAGAGUUGGUACCAGUCCAGCAAUGAAGACUGAAGGAACGCGCUUUGUUCCGAUUGUAAAUUCGUCACUAGUAGAUAGGAAACCCUUGAUCGAAGAAAUCAGUUCGCAACCAGUGGCAGCGACAACGAUUCAGUUAGACGAUUCUCAGUCGUCGAAUGUUAAUUUACGAAAACGAUGUGAUAUGACUAGUGGUAGUAAUAUUAGUAGUAAUAGUAAUAACAGUAGUAAUACUACGAGUAACCGAGUUGGUGCUGGGCACGUUGCACAAAUAGUGCACACAACCGCUGGAAGGCAAAUCAUUUUAACAACCAAUACUAGUGGGCAAGUAUCGGGUACUACGGGCACUACGCUACUGACGGCUAGCGGACAGCCCAGCGUAGAAGAAUCUCGUAAAGAACGAAGAGGUCAAAUUUUGGAACUGCUCGGUGGAUGGAAUCAGAAGCGCUGUGAUUCUGCACCUAUAUAUGGGGAAGAUUUGCGUGAAUCUGUUAGCAGAAUUUGCGGUGAAAGCUUUACGGAUGUUAAUUCGGUUCCCAUAACUUCUAUCGGCAGCUAUUACUGCGCGGAAGCACUUCAAAAUCCAAGCAUGAGCCUUUCGUUUGCCAUCAAGACUAUUCAGCAACGAACUGAAAACUUUCGUUCGUUGUUGAAUAAUUUCGUCAUUUACGUACCUGCUGUUUGUGCCCCUGCACCUAGUCUCCAUAUAUCGCACCCACAUCCGUCUCGUUAUAACGAGGAAAGAGAAACAGACAAAGAGAUUCAGUUGACACUCAAAUCCACCCUGAGGAUGCUUCAUCCGAUCAUCUCGGCGAUGAGUACGCAGUUCCCCGAUCCUCGCCUGAUCCAAUAUGACUGUGGUAAGCUGCAAACCUUGGACCGAUUGCUGAAACAGCUCAAAUCGGGCGGUCAUCGAGUUAUAAAAAAUUAUUAUCAUGGUCAUAUUUAUCUGCGUUUGGACGGUACGACCAAAGUUGAACAGAGACAGCUUUUGAUGGAACGAUUCAAUGGUGAUAAGCGUAUGUUUGUGUUUAUUCUUUCCACUCGAUCCGGCGGAGUUGGUAUCAAUCUGACCGGUGCGGAUACUGUGAUAUUUUACGAUUCUGACUGGAAUCCUACCAUGGAUGCACAAGCACAAGAUCGGUGUCAUCGGAUCGGACAGACGAGAUAUGUCCAUAUAUACCGUCUGGUCAGUGAGAAGACCAUCGAGGAGAACAUCCUUAAGAAGGCCAACCAGAAGCGUAUGCUCGGUGAUUUGGCAAUAGAGGGUGGUAAUUUUACUACUGCCUAUUUUAAAAGUACCACCAUCCAGGAUCUUUUUGCGGUUGACAAUGUUGAGGAAGAUGCGUCCGCACGGCUAGCUGAAGUUAUCGAGAGAGAAAAAGAGCGCAAAGAACGUCUUCAGCAGAGUUUAGCUGUUGCUAGUACCUCGGCUAGCAAUAAUAGCGCUGCUGGAUCCGCCUCAAGUGCUCCACUGGAAGAAACCAAGUCGGCUAUUAAUGUAUUCGAAUCUGCGCUUGCUGCAGCUGAAGACGACCAAGACGUACAAGCAGCCAAAUUUGCUAAAGCAGAAGCAUCCGCUGAUUUGGAAGAAUUCGAUGAAAAUAUCCCGAUAGAUCAAGAACUGCGCGAGCGAGAACCAGAAAUGAGCAAGGCCGAGAAGGAGGUUCAAAAUCUUAUUAGUCAGCUAAGUCCCAUCGAAAGGUACGCUAUGCGUUUCGUGGAAGACACGGAAGGUACUUGGACUGCCAUUCGGUUAAAGGCUGUCGAGGCGGAGAUAGAGCAGCAGAAGCGCGGCUGGGAAGCCAACCGGUUGGCACAACAGAAACGAGAAGAGGAAGCAGCUCGCCAACAGGAAGCCGAAGAGAACGAUUUACUGACGUUCUCUCGCGAGGAUGCCCAGAAUCAGGUUAAUAAAUCUAGCUCUAAAUUUAAUUCUAGCUUUACUGGAGGUAAACUGAACAAUAAUAAUGUUAGUCGAGAGGGCAAAAAAAUUAUCCAACGAAGGGUUGCACUGGUAAAAAAUUCUCACAAAGGUUUAUUGGGUAAACGGAAGGAAUCGGUCAAAGAGGUGAAUGAAAGGGGAAACUGUAGGGCCAGGAGCAAAUCAGUCCCACCUUCUAUGGCUAGUAAAAAAGCUAGGAGAUUAGCAAUUUCGAAGCAAAGCGAACAAUCAUCGAAUUCCGUACUCAGAAAAAGAAGGGAAAGUGCACAUAACAAUAAUGUUAAGUCAGUAGAUGCUCCCAAGAAACGGUUGAAGAAAAGUCCAGGAAAGCGAAAUGCUAGCUAUAACGAACAUAAGGACAGGAGAACUGGCGAUUCUGAGUCAUUGAAAAAUGACGAAACAGUGAAAGAGGCUAAGUGUAGUGAAGAAUUUGAUAGUGAAUGUAGCUUGGAUGUAAUGAUCGAUUCGAAUGAUGCGCCGGACUCGGAUUCAAACCAGAUGUAUAAUUAUUAAUCAUCUCAGGACGAUGAAUCCGGCAGUCAAAGUCAAGACGACGUUGAUCACAAAAUAGCGAACAAAUCAGCUUCUUAUGUGAAGUUGUCUGAAAGCGGUACAGGCGAAGAUACGGCCAGCACGCCACGCACGAGAUCUCGUGGUUCGGUUAAGAUCAAUUUAUGGACUUUAGAUGACAGCCCCAUCCUUCCAGCUAUCAAAAGGCCUAGAACAGCAGAUAAUUCUAGGAGUAGGAAAAAUACAUCGUCAGAACAUCAUACGCACAGUAAUGAAAUCCAUUCACAAGAAAAAUUUUCAGUUUUGCUUAAUGAAACAACAAAAACGAUCGAAGACAGUGCAAAUGACGUGGAUGAGAGCACAAACCCAGCGAACGACACAGUCGAUAUUAGUGACAGUGUAGAAACAAAUGUGUGCGACACUAUCAAAGAACUGAAAAUUAUUGUCACCGAUGUGAAACAAAUGAAGCAUGCUAAAGUGUUGGAUGGAUUUUCAACAGCACAUCGAACACCUUCGCCAAAAUCUAGGAAGAUGAAAAGGCCCUGUCCAAAGUCGGCUAAUAAUCGCACACUAGACAGUUGGGUAUCUAAGACGUUGAGAACAAGUACCACAACCAGCGAGAAUCUGAUUCCAACAACAAAUGAUAAAGCCUCUUUGCAGAGCGGGCGAACGACACGUGCGUCGGCUAAAGUAGAAGGGAUUGGACCUAUUGAGAAUGGUGAAGCGUGAAUUUGACAGCUUUGUUAGUCAGUUUGUAUAUAUGAGAGAGUGACA